AUGUGGAGGCUAAAGAUCGGAGAGGGAGGAGGGCCAUGGAUGCAGACGGUGAGUGACUUCCAUGGUCGGCAGGUUUGGGAAUUCGACCCGGACGCCGGCACCGACGAGGAGCGCGUCAAGGUGGAGCAGCUUCGCCGGGCGUUCACCGAGAACCGCUUCCGAAGGAGGGAACCGCAGGACCUCCUCAUGCGUAUGCAGUUCACUGGACAAAAAUAUCUGCAUGCGGAUAUGCCCCCGGCCACCACCAAGAUAGAGGAUGGCGACGAGGUGACGCCAGAAAUUUUGCAGGAGUCGCUGAGACGAGCGCUCGGUUGGAUGUCUGCUCUCCAAGCUGAAGAUGGUCACUGGCCUGGUGAUUUCAGUGGGAUUAUGUACCUGCUGCCGUUCUGGAUUUUCGCACUGCACAUCACAGGAUCGGUCGAUGCUGUCCUGUCGAAAGAGCAUAUACGUGAGAUAUGCCGCCAUAUCUACAACCAUCAGAACGAGGACGGCGGAUGGGGCUUCAAUAUUUUGGACGAGAGCGCAAUGUUUUCCACGUGCUUAAACUACACCACCUUGAGGCUUCUCGGCGAGGUACAAAAGGACGAAAACGAUGGACUAGCUAAAGGUCGAGCAUGGAUCCUAUCCCAUGGAACUGCAACUGCAGCACCACAGUGGGCAAAGAUACUACUCUCGGUCAUUGGUGUAUAUGAUUGGCGUGGCAAUAAUCCAGUUGUGCCUGAACUAUGGUUGGUACCACGUUUCCUCCCAAUUCACCCAGGGCGGUUCUGGUGCUUCACUAGGAUUACUUACAUGUCAAUAGCUUUCCUUUAUGGCAAAAAAUUUGUUGGUCCCAUUACACCAACUAUAUUAGCACUAAGGGAUGAACUCUACAGUUUGUCGUAUGAUCAAAUUGAUUGGAGCAAAGCAAGUAAUUCUUGUGCCAAGGAGGACAUGCGCUAUAAACCUUCAGGAAUAUUCAAAUUUAUUUCAACUUGUUUGAACAUGUUCGUGGAGCCGGUGUUGAACUAUUGGCCACUUAACAAGUUAAGAGAGAGAGCUUUGAACCACAUCCUAGAACAUAUCCACUAUGAAGAUGAAACUACUCAAUAUAUUGGCUUAUGUCCAGUUACAAAGAUAUACAAUGGCACCAACAACUGGGAGUUAGCACUUAUAAUCCAGGCCUUGUUAUCAGCAGACGCUGCCAAUGACUAUGGUUACUACAAACCCUCCAGGGAACCCAAGUUCUUGGUUCGGCAUAGAUCAAAAGGAUCAUGGCCACUUUCGACUGUAGACAAUGGCUGGGCUUCAUCGGACACUAGUGCCGAAGCAACUAAGGCAAUGUUGUUGCUUUCCAAGGUAUAUCCCAACCUCGUCGAAAAUUCAAAUGGAGAUGGGUGGAUGUUUAAUGCUAUUGAUUGCCUUCUUUCAUUUAUGAACAAAGAUGGUUCAGUUUCUACAUUUGAAUGCCAAAGAACAUAUUCUUGGCUAGAGAUUCUGAAUCCUUUGGAGAGUUUUCGAAAUAUUGUCGCCGAUUACCCAACAGUUGAAUGCACAUCCUCAGUGUUGCAGGCUUUGAUAUUAUUUGGGGAUUUUAAUUCAGAGUACUGCAGUAAAGAAAUAAAAGAAAAUGUUAACAAAGCUGCCAUAUUUAUUGAGAGCAAUCAAAACAAGGAUGGAUCCUGGUACGGCACUUGGGGAAUAUGUUUUGUCUAUGGGACCCUCUAUGCGAUAAAAGGCUUAGUUGCUGCUGGAAGAAAUUAUGAGAACAGUAUUUGCAUUAGGAAAGCAUGUAAUUUUUUACUCUCAAUACAACUCAAAACUGGUGGCUGGGCAGAGAGCUAUCAUUCAUGUGAAAGACAGGUCUAUGUAGAGGGUCUUAGCACUCAUGCUGUACAGACUGCUUGGGCGAUGCUAGCUUUGAUUUAUGCUGGACAGAUGGAAAGGGACCCAACGCCAUUACAUCGAGCAGCAAAAGUAUUGAUUAAUAUGCAACUGGAGACAGGAGACUAUCCUCAACAAGAACAUGUUGGCAACACUAACUCCUCUGUUUACUUCAACUACCCCAACUACCGUAUUUUGUUCCCUGUUUGGGCUCUUGGAGAGUAUCACCGCAAAGUUCUUGCCAAGAGUAAUUGA